AUGCCCGAGAGCCUUCAAACCGCCUGGGAGACCCAGGUUGCUGCUGGGGAGCCCGCGGCGACAAUCAAGCUGCAGAAUCUCCAGGUCAUCGUCAAGGGUCCGAAGGACUCCUGGGGACGAGUCAACCAGCCUCUCCCAGCCCUGGUAUCGGCCGAGAUCUCCAAGGGAACUACCUUUUCGGACUCUGCUGCGGGGGAUUCGGUAUGCUCUGAUACUGUUCACUAUGGACUUUUGAGCAAACACCUGCAGAAGAUAUUUUCCGGCUUUGACACUCGCCCAGAAGGCUGGCAGCUCUCAGACCUGCUCGAGUCCGUCUGGGCACAACUCACUGGGUUUCAACUAAUCAACACAGAAAGCCCCGAGCCAGCUUCGCAGGCGUUCCUGGAGAGCUCUUCAUUCCAACAUCUCAAAGUCACAAUACACCUACCCAAGGUGUCACUUCUGGGCAAUGGCGUGAGUCUGACUGGGUCGGCUUCGAUGGCCGGAGGUGCGCCUCAGUCACGAGCAAGGGUCCUCAGAAUCCAUGAUCUGAGAAUUCCCACAUUGAUCGGGGUGAACGAACAUGAGAAGAAGCAGAGGCAGAUUGUAAUCGCAAACGUCGAGGUUGAGAAAUGGGCAGCUCGAGAAGACGGGUACGGUCAGUUGGAAGAUAUCAUAACCAAGACUAUGAGCGACUCAUCGCUGGAGACACUUGAAGCUUUGGUGGAUGUUAUCGCCACACAAAUCACCAUACAUCUAAACACCACCUACCCGUCCGAAGCGGCCAACGGUUGGAAACUCAAGAUCAGUCUUGAUAAGCCAGUCGCAGUUCCCUUUGCGGAUGCUCCUUGUGUGGAGAUACGUGUUGAUACCCGACAUGUACGUACACUCUAG